UAAGAACCUUAUCUUUAAGAUAUAAUAUUAUUGAGAUUGUGAAUGGCAGAUACAGAAUCAGAGAAAUUGAAACGGACAGCAGAGGAGGAGAAAGGUAGGGAAUAUGAAGAAGGACAGGAAAAGGUAGAAAAAGUAGAAAAAGAUAGGGAAAAAGUGGAAAAAAAGGAAUUAGAAGAAGAAGAAAAAGAAGAAGAGAAGAAAUUACCGGGAACAUAUACAGAUGAAAAAGUACAAGUACCGGAAGGGUUUGAAGGGGAUAUGUUUUCACUUACGUAUGAUAUACGGGAAGGGAAUCCAUUUCCAGAGAAUCCAGAUGCGCCGAAAGAAUUACAUCAAUUAACGAUUCGAGCGUUAGUAGUGGGAUCACUUUUGGGGUCGAUAGUAGCAUCAUCGAAUAUAUAUUUGGGGUUAAAAACAGGGUUUACAUUUGGGGCACAACUAUUUGGAGCGAUUUUUGGAUUUGCAAUUCUUCGGUUUAUUUCGAAAGUGAUGCCAGAAUGGUUUGGAGGAGGGUUUUUUGGACCGAAAGAGAAUUGUACGGUUCAAACAGCGGCAACGGCAGCAGGAGGUAUGGCGGGUAUGUUUGUAUCAUCUAUACCUGCUAUGUAUUCAUUAAACCUUCUUGGAUCGGGGCCGGAAGAGGAUUUUUGGCGUCUGGUAAGUUUUACGGCGGUUAGUGCAUAUUAUGGGUUAUUCUUUGUUAUUCCAUUGCGAAGGUUUUAUAUUAUUUAUCAAAAAUUAGUAUUCCCGACGUCAUCAGCAUGUGCAUUAACGAUUCAUUCAUUACAUUCCGGAGCGGUAGCGCAUUCGGUUAUGAAGAAAAAGAUAUGGUCACUUUCGAUAUCAUUUCUGGCGGCUAUUGUUCUUCGUGUUUGCGCCGAUUAUUUGCCAGGUAUACUUUGGGAUUGGCAUCUCUUUUGGUGGUUAUAUAAAGCGGGAUGGAAAGGAAUUAUUGGAGCGGAAAAUUGGGGAUGGUGGAUUGAGCUUACACCGGCAUUUUUCGGUGUUGGUUUCUUUUCGGGAUUAAAUGCAGCGGCUAGUUUCUUCAUUGGAUCCGUUUUAUCAUGGGCUAUUAUAGGACCUAUUAUAUCCAAAACAGGUAUUGCACCUCAUUAUACGGUAUUAUCUCCGGAACAUCCUGAUUGGGUAUCCUAUUCUUCUAUGAGUUUACAGUCUUCAUUGAAUCCGAAUGGAUUUGAUCCUAUUAAAUCCUCAUCACCUCGAUAUUGGUUACUUUGGCCCGGUGUUAUGCUUAUGUUGUGCUCAUCUUUCGCCGAAGUUAUCAUGAAUGGACCAGUUUUGUGGUUAGGAUUGAAACGGGUCAUUCUUGUUCUUUAUUAUAAACUACGUCGUAAGGAAGUUCCCGUUUUCAAAAAUGCCAUUCAAGAUCCUGCACCCCCUGAAACUCAGAUUCCAGCAUGGCAAUGGGUGCCAUUAUUGAUUGUAUCGAUUAUUUUUACGUGUGUUGUUCUUACGUUGCAAUAUGAUAUCAGCGUUGGGUUAUCUCUUCUUGCUAUAUUUUUAGGUUUUCUUUUCUCUUUUAUUGGUGCGCAAUCUUCAGGUGCAACCGAUGUUAAUCCUGUUUCGAUUUGUGCUAAAUCUUCUCAAUUGGUUUUCGGUAGUAUUUCGAGUGCGCAAAAGAUGGACGAAAUCUCGGCACAAAGACUUAAUCUUAUCGCUGGUACUGUGGCAUCAUCGUCUGCUUCACAAUCGGUUGAUAUGAUUGGCGAUUUGAAAACAGGUCAUCUUCUUGGUGCUUAUCCUAAAGUUCAAUUUUAUGCACAAGUAAUUGGAUCUUUUUUCUCUAUCUGGAUAAGCGUAGCUCUCUACAUUUUGUUUGACAAAGCUUAUCCAUGUUUUACGACUCAAUUUAUGCCUGGAUAUCCAAACACUCAAAAAUGUGUUUUCGGUGCACCAUCCAUUGCUUCAUGGAGAGCAGUUGCUAGUGCUAUGACUAAUGAGCGAUUACCUAUCCCUCCAUCUUCCGGAUACACCUCAAUUGCUCUCGGUAUUAUAGCUGCUGCUACUGUUGUAUUCAAGUAUACUUAUUCUCCCGAAAAAUAUCGCCCAUUUAUUCCAAAUUUUAAUGCAAUUGGUCUCGGAUUCGUCGUGCCACAAACACAUUAUGCAACAGUCAUGUUUAUCGGUGCUAUUGUUGCCUAUUUCUGGAAGAGAGCUAAACCCGUUUCUUAUGAUAUUUAUGCUCUUUCUAUUGCUACCGGCUUUGCUGCUGGUGAAGGCAUGGGUGGUGUUCUCAAUGCUAUUACACAGAUCUCUGGUGUUAGCGGAAGCGUUUAUGGUUCAAGUGUUGGUUGUCCAUAUGAUUCAUGGUGUGGUUAAUCAUUAUACUUAAUCUUUUUUUUAUGCUAUACUUUAUUUCUUACAA